AGUUUGCCUAAGAUGUAGUUUAUUUUUGCUGAUCGAGCCGUCGGGUUCCUGAUCAUGCUAUUAUUAUUUUGUUUUCAGCUCUUUCCUAAGAAAAUUAGAUGUUUUUCCUGAGAAAGUGAAGGACAGGAUUCUGCGUCGAUAGAAGCAAGAGACGGCAAAUUCAUACUUUUGCAAGACAACAGAUGGUUUUGGCUGUUAGAAGAGUCUCCCCAUUUUCCUUAAGACCAAGUCUGCCAUCAAAGAUCAAAAUAAACAAAAACAACAAUGAAGCGAUACGCCGGUCAACAUCUUGAAUCUUCGGAUAUCUCUUAGAAGAAAAUUCUUCAUUGGUUGUAUUCCAAUCCCUCCCUGCAUCAAAUCACAGCAAAAACUACAACCGAAAACCGGAAGAAUUUAUCUGAGAAUCCAAUUUUAGUAGAUUCCAAGAUGCAGCAUAAUGCAGGGCAACUUGAGGAGGAGUUGAUGAAUAUGAAACAUAGAUUGUCUGUAGUAGAAGAAGAAAGAGAUAGGUUUUACGACGAGCUAACAGAGAUGAAGAAACUUGCUGAUGAUGCCAAUGGAAGAUUAUCAGAAGCAAUGUCUAAUGGAAAAGUUGCUGAUAUCUAUUCAGAGCUAAAUUCAGCAAUUGAAUCUUUAUCAAAAUCCAAUAAAGAAAUAAAAGUCAAAGAAACAGCCAUUUCAGCUUUGAAAGUUGAACUGGAGAAAGUGAAGGAGUUAGAGUCAAGAUUAGCAGACAAAGAUUUGUUAUUAGAGAAACUAAAAGAUGAGUUAUGCAAAACUCAAUCUUCAGAAGCUCGCGCAUUAGAAUUGUUGCAUAAAAGCAAAGGAAGAGUUCAAGAACUCGAAAGAGAAAUAGAGAAUGGGAAAGAUUCCGCGAGUAUGAUGUUAGAUUCAUUAGCAGAAACAAAAAUGUUGCUUGAAGAGUCAAAGCUUGAAGGGAAUAUCAGUGAAGAUCGGUUAUUACUUCAAAAACAAAUAGAGUCUCUUAGAUCAGAAUUUUGGGUAAUGAAAGAAUCGGAGAGAAAUGCAGUAAAUAAAGCAGAAGGCCUAAUGAAAGAAAUGGAAUCACUUAAAUUUCAAUUGAAGCAAGCAGCAGGAGCAGAAGAGAAUAGCCAAAAGGCAAUGGAGGAUUUAGCGUUUGCAUUAAAAGAAGUUGCAACAGAAGCAAGUCAAACUAAAGAUAAACUUAUAAUGACAGAAGAAAAAUAUGAGAAAUUGAAAAGAGAAGCAGAAGAACUGAAACAAAAGUUAAGGCAUGUUGAUGAUAAACACAAGCAUGUAUUAGAGGAAGUGAGAGCAGAAGCUGAGCUUUAUAAAAAUACUACUGAUAGAUUGCUAUUAGAGGCAGAAGAGACCCUUGUUGCUUGGAAUGAGAAGGAAACAGGUCUAGUAGAUUGUAUAAAAAUAGCAGAAGAAGAAAAAACAGCUUUAAUAGAAGAAAACAAUAAACUUCUUGAAGCACUUAAAGCAGCAGAGACCAUAAACAAAACAGCAAAACAAGAAAACCAGAAUUUGCGCGACAUUCUUAAACAAGCAAUUAAUGAAUCUAAUGUUGCUAAAGAAGCUGCAGAAAUUGCAAGAGUUGAAAACUCACAACUUAAAGAUUUAUUAGCAGAAAAGGAUGAUGCUUUAAUUUUCAUUACUCGAGAAAACGAAAAUCUCAGAAUUAAUGAAGCUAGUGCAAAUGAGAAUAUUAAAGAGUUGAAGAGACUCCUUGAAGAAGCCUCAUCAGGAAAAGAGAUCAAAGCAGGAGAAGAUAAUAAUAAAGAACAACCGCCACCACCACAACAUCAUCAUAGAGAAAGAAAGUUGAGUAAUGCUUUUAGCAUUAAUUUGAAGGAUCUGAUAAUUAGUUCUAAGUCUAAAGAUACACCUGAUGAUGUAAAAGUUUCUGAAAGUAAACAGAAUGACCAGACAGAUGAAAACGAUGAAUUGGAGAAUAUUGAUCCUUUGAAAGGAUCAAUAUUUGAUGUUGAUUCGCCUGUAGGAGCACCACCACCACCAGCAGAAAAGAAUCACCAUCACCAUCACCAUCGGCGAAAAUCAUCAACUUUCACGGAUGAUGCAGAAGGGAUAAAUCCUGAGGAAUUGGAAUACGUAGAAGGAGCUCAUAAUGAAGAAGGGGAAACAGAAAAGAACCCAAAGAAGAAGAAAGCAUUGUUGAGGAGAUUUGGAGAUAUUAUAAUAAGAAGAAAAAGUGUGCAUAGAAGGGAUUCAUCCAUUGGAGGUGAUGCUCAUAAGAAGGAACUAGCAGCUAUUGCUAAUGAAGCUAAUAAAAAGGAAGGGUCAACAGCUGGUGGUGGUGAAGGUAAUAAACAGGAAACUAAUUCUUCAUCUACAGGUAGUGAUGGCCAGAAAAAAGAGAAUUCUCCUGCUGGUGAUCAAACUCACAAAAAGGAACCUUCACUUGGUGAAUGAUUUUCUUUUUUCUUUUUUAUAAUUCUUUUGUAUUUGAUUUAUUAUUAUUUUUUUUUUUUAGUAAAAGUUCCAGCAGACAAUUUAUAAUGUGAAUUACAUCUUUUAAAAUGUUACUUCAAAUGUAUAUGUACAA